AUGAGCAUCACCAUAAAGUUGACCAACGGUGAUAAGAAGACUGUCGAAGUACCUGACCUAAGUAUAACAGUUAUCCAGUUUAAGGAACUUGCGGAGAACGCUGUUGAGAUACCUGCAGCUGAGCAAAGAAUUGUUUUGCGAGGAAAGGUUCUUAAGGAUACAGAUGUUCUCUCCGCGGUGGGCUUGGAGCACGGACAAGCUGUUCACAUUGUGCGCGGACAACAGCCGAAAACUCAAGCAACAUCCACGUCUGCACCCGUCCCAGGACCCUCAAACCCGCCUCACGUGGCGAGUAAUUCGUACUCUACCGCGUCUAAUGCUCCCAUGAAUUCAAAUUCUGAGAGUUCCAACCCUUAUAUGCCGCUGGCGGGAUAUAUGCCAACUUCACUGAGUGGGGGUGUAAACGCUGCGGGUAUGGGAGGAUCGUUCCCCCCGUUUUCCAGUGAUGCUGCUGCGCAAUUGAUGCAGUCUCCGUUGUUUUCCCAAAUGAUGCGGGAUAUGUUGGGAAAUCCCCAGUUUAUGCAGACAAUGAUGCAAUUUGCUGGAAACCAGUCAAGGGGCAAUGAUGCAGGAAUGCAGCAACUGUUAAGCGACCCUCUCAUGAUGCAAUACGUCAUGCAGUUGGCGUCUAAUCCGGAAUUUUUGCAGGAGAUGACGCGAAUGGUGCCCGGAGGAGGCCCCCUUUCCGCCCCUCAAACUCCCUUUUUUGGACAGCCAAUCCCGAACUUGACAGGGGCACCGCAAGGAGGUGGUUUGUCGCAACCUCAGGGAGACCCACGGGUUGUGUACCAAUCCCAACUUCAACAGUUAAGGGAUAUGGGGUUUCCGAACGAAGAAGCGAAUAUUGCGGCAUUGCAGCAAACCCAAGGUAAUAUUCACUUCGCGAUCGAAAGGCUUUUAAAUGGGUAA